UUGUAGCAUCAACUCAUCAUUUGCUGCUUUUUUCCCUCGAAGCUGUUUCCCACUCCUUUUUUUGGCGGCGGAAUCAUCGCUGACGGCCGAUCUUCCCUCUUUCUUCAUAAGAGGUCUUCAAAGAACACUCUCACUGUAAACCAUCGUGCUUCCAAAAGAGAAGUAUAUAAGCUCUCGGCCACCUCUGCUGCCGCCUCCAUUGGAGUCUUCUCUGACGUUGGCUUCCUCGAAACAGUUCUGGACAUGAUCAAUUAGUUUCUUUCAAUUCGCCACCUCUAAGGCCUUUAACGAUUCAUAGGAAUUUGUUACGGUGAAACGCACUGUUCUGCAAUGGAGACAGUGGCAUGUGCUUCCGUUACGAGCUUCGCAACAACAUCAUUGCCGUUCUCUUUUCUAUCACAAUCUUCUAUCAUAAACCUCCCCCAAAACUGUCACAAAAGUACUCUAAAAUCAAGAUCUCCUAGAAAACUUGUAACCUGCGCUUCAUCUGGUUCCAGUUCUGGUUCAGUUGUAACUUUGCUAGAUUAUGGAGCUGGAAAUGUUCGGAGUGUAAGGAAUGCGAUUCGGUAUCUUGGCUUUGAGAUAGAGGAUGUGCGAACUCCAAAAGACAUUUUGAAUGCAGAUCGCCUUAUCUUUCCUGGUGUUGGAGCAUUUGCUUCAGCCAUGGAUGUAUUGACCAAGACUGGGAUGGCUGAAGCACUAUGUACCUACAUAAAAAAUGGUCGCCCAUUUCUAGGCAUUUGUCUGGGACUUCAACUACUUUUUGAGUCUAGUGAAGAGAAUGGACCAGUGAAUGGUCUCGGCUUGAUACCUGGUGUGGUUGGGCGGUUCAACUCUUCGAAUGAUUUUAGAGUACCACAUAUUGGCUGGAACGCUUUGCAAGUUGCUAAAGACUCUGAAAUUUUGGAUGACGUCGGAGACCACCAUGUCUACUUUGUUCACUCUUAUCGUGCCAUGCCAUCAGAUGAUAACAAAGAAUGGGUUUCAUCUACAUGCAAUUACGGUGAUGAUUUUAUAGCAUCUAUCCAAAGAGGAAAUGUGCAUGCAGUUCAAUUCCAUCCAGAGAAGAGUGGAGAUGUUGGUCUUUCUGUAUUGAGAAGGUUCCUAAAUCCAAACUCACGGGGUGCAAAGAAGCCUACUCAGGGGAAGGCUUCAAAACUUGCUAAGAGGGUAAUUGCUUGUCUUGAUGUUAGGACGAAUGAUAAAGGGGAUCUUGUUGUAACCAAAGGAGACCAGUAUGAUGUAAGAGAGCAUACAAAAGAGAAUGAGGUGAGAAACCUUGGUAAGCCCGUAGAGCUUGCUGGACAGUAUUACAAAGAUAGGGCUGAUGAGGUCAGCUUUUUGAACAUUACUGGAUUCCGAGACUUCCCAUUAGGCGAUUUACCGAUGUUGCAGGUGUUAAGGCACACAUCAGAAAAUGUGUUUGUCCCACUAACAGUUGGAGGUGGUAUACGAGAUUUUACUGAUGCAAAUGGGAGGUACUAUUCUAGUUUGGAAGUUGCUUCAGAGUAUUUUAGGUCUGGGGCUGAUAAAAUAUCCAUUGGAAGUGAUGCAGUUUAUGCGGCAGAAGAAUAUAUAAAAACCAAAGUAAAGACAGGAAAGAGCAGCUUAGAGCAAAUUUCUAACGUUUAUGGAAAUCAGGCAGUGGUUGUAAGCAUUGAUCCUCGUAGAGUGUAUGUUAAAGGUCCUAAUGAUGUGCAGUUCAAGACUAUACGGGUCACAAAACCAGGUCCAAACGGAGAAGAAUAUGCUUGGUAUCAGUGUACGGUUAAUGGUGGACGAGAAGGUCGACCAAUUGGAGCUUAUGAGCUUGCAAAAGUUGUUGAAGAACUGGGAGCUGGAGAAAUACUAUUGAACUGUAUCGAUUGUGACGGUCAAGGAAAAGGAUUUGAUAUUGAUUUAAUAAAGCUGAUAUCCGAUGCUGUCUGCAUCCCUGUAAUUGCAAGUAGUGGCGCUGGUGCUGUUGAACACUUCUCGGAGGUAUUCAUGAAAACAAAUGCAUCAGCUGCUCUUGCUGCUGGUAUUUUCCAUAGGAAGGAGGUUCCCGUUCAGUCUGUAAAAGCACACUUAUUGAAGGAAGGCAUUGAAGUAAGGAUGUGAUCAAAUAUGUUAUAAAGUUGAUUAGGUCCUCGAAAUUUUUGUUCCUAAAAUCAGUAGUAAGUAUCGAUAUGCAAACUUCACAUCUUAUUUGUUUUUAAUGUAUUAAUGCAUAUUGCAGUUCUGGGAUUGAUUUCAAAAUAUUUUUUCUUUCAGA